GGGUGGUCUCCAACUUCUGGCUUCAAGUGAUCCUCCAACUUUGGCCUCCCAAAAUGUUGGAAUUACAGGCAUGAGCCAUGGCACCCGACCUCCCAGGCUGUUGUUGAAAGGUCUUUGCAAUCUCUAAGAGUUCUGCAGCAGUCUGUUCCCUGACAGCGAGUCUCAUCCUUUGAACCCAUUUUGCAGCAGUAGUUAAGCAUUCACUUUUCUUUCCAUAAGGGGGCGAGCUUACCAGUGAUCCUCAUCCCCCUCCUCAUCGAUGACUUCUUUGUCAUCAAAGUCUUUCUCUUUAUAAAUUCCCAUGGAAUCCAAGUUUUCACCUCCCAAUUGGGCUUAGUUAUGAUACCUAUGAUAGCCACUGGCCCACACCAGCUGCCACAGCACCGCCUCCCCAUGGAAGCUACCGGACUCUACUCUCUCCUCCCCAAGUGUCCUGUCCCGGGAGCCCCCAUCUCUGCUCUCCAGGGCUCCGGGCUUUAGAGCCGCGCUGCUGUAGAGCCCAGUUCCCAGGGCUGCUCCCUCCACCUAUCCACAUCCAGCUCCAGCUCUCCACCCUCUCUCGGACCAGCCAGGCCUGGAGGUGCUGCAGCGUCUCUGAACGCAGGUCCCUGAACUGCCACCUCCACCACGAUCUAGAAUUCUUUUAAAUGCACUUAACACUUAUCUUAGAAUUUCCCUCCUCCACUUUAUACAUAAACAUAGGAGGAGAGCAGGGACUCUGCUGGUGUCUUAUUCACACAAUGGGUUUGAGGGUGUUUGUUUCGUGGAACUGAUUGAAGGGGCGAGAAGUAGCUGAAUAACCUGCAGGGGGCAGCAGAGCCCGAGGCUAGUGACUCCACGCUAAGGCAGGUGGAGCCUGCAAAGGGAGUGAAAAGGAGCUCCUCUGGGGGCUUCGCGGAUAGCCCGCCCUCCCCUACAGGUGACCUCCAGAUGCUCAGAGCAGCUCCAGGAGUGUGGAUUCCGAGAAGCUGCAGAGCCCUGGAAAGCAGAAGACCACGUGCAGAUGCAUUUGUGGGGUUCUGUCCUUUCGAGUGCUGUACCUCUGGAGCCUGGAGCUGUGUUUUGGGCAGGAUUUGGGAUUUGACAUCCAUGGGGCCGCUGGGAUCAGAGUUCAUUGUAUAUAUAAAGAAAAUACGUGAAGAUCAGGCUAGAGACAGAAUUGUGUGGGGGCGUCACCUGGACAAAGGGUUCAUGAAGUUGACUAUUUAGGUCAGAAGCUUAAAUAAUCCUAGGUGAGAGUUUCCUGCUGGUGAAAAUAAAGAUAUAGAAGGAGGGAGCAUUUUUACACUGUGAGGCGGGGAUGGGGGUGUGUGAGCAAGGCUUGGCCAUGCCUCAUCCCCAAUUCGGGCCCCCUCCAGGACAUAUGCCUCUCCUCCUGGUACGGUCAUGCCUGGCCUAGUCUCGGUUCCCCUGCUGCUCGGAGGCCAGCAGAUGGCUCCUAUGGACACUGAGUGAAAUUCCCUGCACACUCCUGUGACACCCCCCCCCCGCCCCCGUGCAGAAUGGAAGGAGCAGGGAUAAUCCCUUGAGUGACGAAGACGCUAGUGUUCUCUUCUAUCAAUAGCAAGUUGGGCUGAAAUGCAAAUAUCCAAUAACAAGGGUGCAGGAAUUAGCUCUCCCUUAGAAAAGCUGUGGCUAGAAUCUGUCUGGCUCUGCAGGGCCUGAUACCCAAGGCUUCAGCGGUGACUCAGACGUGGGGGGCGGAGGCUAGCAUUCCAUCCAAUCAGAGGAGCCAGGGCGGGGUCCGCCCAUUGUUCAUCCGGGUACGGAAAGGAUCGCAUUCCUUCCGUCACCUUGUCGUUGUGCGGGCGGCCGUUGGGAUCCAGUCUUUCCAACCCCGAGAGAGACCUGGUGCCUCUACCCACGCUUCUGUCGCUCUGUCACCUGCGCUGUGCCCUGCUGUAGUCACAGAAGCUGUAGAGAGGACUCUGGGACAUCAGAAAACUGGGAAAUGGACCCAGUGGCCUUUGAGGAUGUGGCUGUGAACUUCACCCAGGAGGAAUGGGCUUUGCUGGAUAUUUCCCAGAAGAAUCUCUACAGGGAAGUGAUGCUGGAAACGUUCAGGAACCUGACUUCUAUAGGAAAAAAGUGGAAAGACAAGAGCAUUGAAGAUGAGUGCCAAAACCCUGGGAGAAACUUAAGGAGUCUUAUAGAAGAGAAAGUCAAUGAAAUUAAAGAAGACAGCCAUUGUGAAGAAACUUUUACCCAGGUUCCAGCUGACAGGCUGAACUUCCAGAAGAAGAAAACUUCUCCUGAAGUAAAAUCAUGUGAAAGCUUUGUGUGUGGAGGAGUUGGCAUAGGUAACUCAUCUUUUAAUAUGAACAUCAGCGGUGACAUUGGACAGAAGCCAUAUAAGUGUCAACAACCUAAGAAAGCCUUCAGAUAUUGCCCUUCCUUUAGAACACAAGAAAGGGAUCACACUGGAGAGAAACCCUUUGCUUAUAAAGAAUGUGGAGAAACCUCUAUUUCCCAUUCAAGCAUUCCAAGACACAUGGUAAUGCACAGCGGGGAUGGACCUUAUAAAUGUAAGUUUUGUGGGAAAGCCUUCUGUCAUCUCAGUUUAUAUCUUUUUCAUGAAAAAAUCCACACUGGAGAGAAACCAUAUGAGUGUAAACAGUGUGGUAAAUCCUUUAGUUAUUCUGCUACCCUUCGAAUACAUGAAAGAACUCACAAUGGAGAAAAGCCUUAUGAGUGUCAGGAAUGUGGGAAAGCAUUCUAUAGUUCCAGUUCCUUUCAAGCACAUGAAAGAACCCACACUGGGGCAAAGCCAUAUGAAUGUAAACAAUGUGGCAAAUCUUUCAGCUGGUUUCGUUCCUUUCAAAUACAUGAAAGAACUCACACUGGGGAGAAGCCCUAUGAAUGUAACAAAUGUGAUAAAGCAUUCCAUAAUCCCAGAUCCUUUCGUAGACAUGAAAUGAGUCACACUGGAGAGAAGCCUUACCAAUGUAAGCAAUGUGGAAAAGCAUUCACAUGUUCCAGUUCUGUUCGUAGACAUGAAAGGACCCACUCUGGGAAAAAACCCUAUGAAUGUAAGCAGUGUGGGAAAGCAUUCUCCUAUCUUACAAGUUUUCAAACACACAUAAUAAUGCACUCUGGAGAAAGACCUUAUAAAUGUAAGAUAUGUGGGAAAGGCUUUUAUUCUGCCAGUUCAUUUCAAAUGCAUGAAAACACUCACACUGGAAAGAAACCCUAUAAAUGCAAGCAGUGUGGUAAAGCCUUCAGUUAUCCCACUUCCUUUCGAUAUCAUGUGAGGACUCACACUGGAGAGAAACCCUAUGAGUGUAAGCAAUGCGGUAAAGCCUUCAGUUGUUCCAGUUCCUUUCGAAAUCAUGAAAGGAUUCACACUGGAGAGAAACCCUAUGAAUGUAAGCAAUGUGGGAAAGCCUUGGGAUCUGUCAAAAGCCUUCAAAUUCAUGAAAGGACACAUACUGGAGAGAAACCCUAUGAAUGUAAGCAAUGUGGUAAAGCCUUCAAUUGUUCCAGUUCCUUUCGAAAACAUGAAAGGACCCACACUGGAGAGAAACCCUAUGAAUGUAAGCAAUGUGGGAAAGCCUUGGGAUCUGUCAAAAGCCUUCGAAUUCAUGAAAGGAGACACACUGGAGAGAAACCCUAUGAAUGUAAGGAAUGUGGAAAAGCGUUCAGUGAUUUCUCUUAUUUUAAAAUACAUGAAAGGAUGCACACAGGAGAGAAGCCUUAUGAAUGUAAGCAUUGUGGGAAAGCAUUCAGAUCUGCCAAGUUUCUUCAAAUACAUGCAAGAACACACACUGGAGAGAAACCCUGUGAAUGUAAGGAAUGCGGAAAAGCAUUUGCCUCUUUUUCUUCCCUGUAUAUACACAAAAGGACUCAUACUGGAGAGAAGCCAUAUAAAUGUAAGGAUUGUGGGAAAGCAUUCAGCUUACCUACUUCCUUUCAUAGACAUGAAAAGACUCACGCUGGAAGGAAACCCUAUGAAUGCAAACUAUGUGGCAAAGCUUUCAGUUCUUUCAGUUCUUUUCAAUAUCAUGAAAGGACUCACACUGGGGAGAAACCCUAUCACUGUAAGCAAUGUGGGAAAGCCUUCAUUUCUUCCGCUUCUUUUCAGUAUCAUGAAAGGACUCACACAGGAGAGAAACCCUAUGAGUGUAUGCGAUGUGGGAAAGCCUUCGUUUCUUCUAGCUCCCUUCAUAGACAUGAAAAGACUCAUGCUGGAAGGAAACCCUAUGAAUGCAAGCAGUGUGGCAAAGGUUUCACUUCUUCCAGAUCUUUUCAACAUCAUGAAAGGACUCACACUGGGGAGAAACCCUAUCAAUGUAAGCAGUGUGGGAAAGCCUUCAUUUCUUCUGCUUCUUUUCGAUGUCAUGAAAGGACUCACACGGGAGAGAAACCCUAUGAAUGUACGCAAUGUGGGAAAGCCUUCAUUUCUUCUAGUUCCCUCCAUAAACAUAAAAAGACUCACGGUGGAAGGAAACCGUAUGAAUGUAAGCAAUGUGGCAAAGGUUUCGCUUCUUCCAGUUCUUUUCAAUAUCAUGAAAGGACUCACACUGGGGAGAAACCCUAUCAAUGUAAGCAAUGUGGGAAAGCUUUCAGAUCUGCCUCACAACUUCAAACGCAUGGAAGGAUUCACACUCGUUACUCUCAAGAUAAAUCAUAUAAAUGUAUAAAUGUAUGGGAAAGCCUUCCGAUCUGCCAAGAGUCUUUGAAUACAGACAAUGAACAUAAACAAUUAACUGUUUAUAAUUACUAUAUACUAACAAAUGUUAUUCUUUUUAAUUAAGAAGUUAUAACAAAAUAUCCUGUUGCUGUCAUGUACUAGAUCAAGUUUAUAAUGUUAACAUGUUAUUAUUUGGACAUUGUGAGUCAUUUCUACCAUGUGGAUAAAAUGCCAGGCAUCUUUUUCCUUAUGGAAAUUUUACUUUUCAUGCUUACGUACUUAAAUUUUUAUCUCUACCCUAAUUAUUCAUUCACAAUACCAAAAGUUAUCUCAUGUA